AUGUCUGUUUGCGACUUUUCGUAUUUGAUCACACGAGAGAUCUUCAGGAUCUGGACUAAUGAGCUCAUACAGAAGAAUUCUAUAAUUUGUGUUUUGGGCACUAUUGUGGCUCAUGUUGGGGCGGGCCAUGGGGAUAUCACUCCUUCGUUGGUCCCAGCUCCAAUUUUGCAUUCCGUACCCCUAGCAAUAUCACCCUCGAUUCACCUAACUCCACACGAUGACCUCGUUGCAUUGCCACUGACUUUCGACUGGAAUAAAUGGAAGCACAAGGACGAAAGUGAACACUAUUGGGACAGGGAUGGAGUUAGAGAUGGAGAUACGGACAGACACAGGGAUAGGGAUAGAGAUGGGGACAGUGAUAGGGAUCGGGACAAAGAUAAAGAUAGAGAUUGGAGUUGGAUAGGAAAUAGCGACUGGAAAUGGAAGGGUGACAAGGUCGGAGAUAGAGAUAGAGAUAGGGACAAUGAUGGGGAUCGAGACAAAUAUAAAGAUAAAGAUUUGAGUUGGAUGGGAAAUAGAGAUUGGGAUUCGGGAGGAGACAAAGAUAGAAAUAGGGACAGAGAUGAGGACAGAAAUAAAGACACUGUCAGAGUUUGGAACUGGGGAGACGACAAAGGACACAGAGAUAGGGACAAAGGACAUAAAAAGUUUAAUUUAUUUAAGAAACUUUUUAAAUGUUAAACUGCCGUGUGAUUUUGAAAGCAG